UCUCUAAAGAAGAAAAAAAAGAAAAAAAAAACGAUUGCGGCAACCUACUCAGAUCUUAUCGGGGCUGGUGCUCAGUGGUCCUCCGUGAACCGUCGCCGGCCCCUCCUCCUUUUAUUUCCUUGUCUACGUGAUUUCUCUGUGCUCAGUUAUAUAUGUUGCUUCUUCUAUGUGAAGAGCCUCUUAGAGGAGAGGAGAUCCCGUCGAAGAGGAGAUCGCGUGUGCAGCUCUGUUCUUUCGGUGGUCUCUCUGAAAUAUCCAAUUCGAAGCUCCUGUACUGUUCAACAGUUCUCGGUGAGCUUCUUUUGUCGGGUGAAUUCAUGUCUUUAGCUUUCCGGAUCGGAUCUGAGCUGGUUCAGAGGCUUGCCGGAAGCGUCGACCGGCUAAGGCUCAGGGUGAUGUUUACGGUUUAGUAUUGAGCUCCGGUAACCCGGUUCCUGGGUGGUGACAUGCCGGCGCUUCCUAGGGUCUUCUCAAAGCUUUCUAACUAUACCACAAUCAACCGGUCCAGUAUGGUUAUUGUAAUUUCUAUCCGAAAUCAAUCCACAAUUGUGGUUCAGUACAAGAACCGGUUUAAACCGGAUAAAUUCUGUUAGAUCCAAAUAAAAGCUUCAAGGCGCGGAGCGAAGUCUUCAAACCCAAGAAAGUUCUCGGAGAGAACAAGUGAAGAGAACAAGUGAAGCAAGAAGGGGCGCCAUUGGAGAAAUUUCUCCGAGAGAAGAAGUUGAAAUUCUCCGGUGAUCAUGAGUGAUGCUCGAGAAGAAACGGACGCGGAUAUGGCAGGCGAAGAAGUAUCUCCACAUCUCGAUGGAUACCUUAUGCUGGGAAAGAUAGGCGAAGGAACUUUCAGUAAGGUUUAUAGAGCUACAGACUCCUUAACCAGUACAAUGGUGGCGGUAAAAGAAUUAAAGCUUGAGAUGUAUGGUGGCAUAUCACAAUUAGGGUCUGAAGAAUUGCCUUUUUAUGCAAGCCGUGAGAUACGCAUCCUACAAAAGCUUACUCAUCCUAAUGUGAUCAGUUUGAAAGAAGUACUGACUCCUUCAAAUAAGAACAUAGGAGGAAUCUACAUGGUUUUCGAGUACAUGGAUUCUGACUUGUCUAAACUUGCCAAAGAAGAGAUUACGGCUCCUGACAUUAAGAAUUACAUGAAGCAGUUGCUCGCUGGACUUGAGUACUGUCAUGAGAAUCAAGUUCUUCACCGUGAUAUUAAAGGUGCAAAUAUACUGGUUUGCGAGAAUGGAAAUUUAAAACUUGCGGAUUUUGGGCUUGCAUGUUGUUUAAAGGAGGAUGAUGUAGAUCUUAAGGAUGUAUUUCCUGCCGUAUCAGACUCAACAUUUCCUGGUGAUCGUAAAUUGCAAGACAUGAUGAAUGAGCUUACAAGCGAAGUCAUUAGCUUUCUCUAUAAGCCACCUGAAAUCUUAACUGGGUCACGUCAAUACGGUCCAGAAGUGGACGUGUGGUCAGUAGGGAUAGUAUUUGCGCAGCUGUUGAAUAAGGGAGUCCACAUCUUGUGUGGUGUUGAUAGAGAUGAUCAGUUAAAGAAGAUUUAUGAGCUUUGCGGACCACCAUCUAAUGAAGAAAACUUGCCCGGGUUUUCUGAAAAGGUGCCUUCUCAGCCUAUGAAGACAUGUCUGAGAGACAAAUAUCCAAACUUUGAUCGCAAAGCUCUUGAUCUUUUGGCCAGAAUGUUGGUGAUUGAUCCGUCCGAGAGAAUCACAGCCACUGCUGCUCUUGCUCAUCCUUAUUUUCUGGACUGAUCGACUCCAUAUGACUUGAAAGAUGCAAUACAACAAUGCUUGAAGAAGAAGCAGCAGCAAAGAGACAUUAUUCUGACUCCAACAGAGUUUAAAAUGUAUAACUUUUGACAAAAUAGUUAGUGAAUCCAUAUAUUCUCUUGUUAGUAACCGGAUUAAACCAAACAGUGAAAUGGGAAUUUUCUGGUUCGGGUUAAACAUUAAACCGAAUGCCAAAGCUUUAA